UCUUCAUCAUCUUCAUCAUUUCUCUUCAUCAUCUUCUCAUCAUCAUCUUCUUCUUCUCUUCAUCGUACUCUCGUCGUAUUCACAUUGUAUUCACAUCGUAUUCUGAGAUGAACACGGCAUGGCGAGCGUCCGCUAGUGGACCGACUGCUCCUGCGUACACCCCCGUCCACGCCCGCCGGACGCUGGCUCGCAGCGCCUCCUCUACUGCUUCUACGACUUCUACCACUACUACGACCAUGACUGCGGCUCCGGCUUCUUCAACAGAGACGAGAAAGCGGGUGGAGUGGCCCCCGGCAGUGCGAGAGUACGUGCAGCGGUGCUUCGUGCCCGAGCAGCAGAUACCCGGCAUUUCUCGCGCGGAGAUGGAGGCCAGGCUCAAGCAGGUCAUCACCGGCGCAGCAGAGACCAACAGCCUUGAAGCCAUCGACUGGGCCAGCCUGCCCUUGCCGCAGCAGAUGAUCCAGGCCGAACGCAACGCCGCCCUCCCUUCCGUCACCCACCAGCUCUCUCUCCACCCCACCAGGACCUCGCCCAAGCGGAAGUCGACUGACAUCUCAACAGACACAUCUACUUCUACCGGAACAAGCAACCAGGAAAUACCGCCGUGGAGGGCCACCGCAGAGGACAAACGCAGGCGCCUGGAGAAUGCUGCUACUACUACUAACAACAAUAACAAUAUCAGUAAUAGUGACGGGUUAAACAGUAAGUCUAACAGUAACAUCAGCAGCCAUCACCACCUGGAGAGCAGGAAACGACGGUUUGAAAGCACCUACUCCCCCGCCAAGGUCAAGUCCCCCCAACCCUCUUACACCCAGACAUACACCAGCCAGAGCUCCAACCAGCACGCGGGCCCCAUCGUCGGCCGCAGCACGCAGCUGGAGAAGCGGUACCUGCGUCUGACCGCCGCGCCCAACCCGGACAACGUACGCCCGCUUCCAGUCCUGCGCAAGACCCUCGACCUGCUCAAGCGGCGGUGGAAGCAGGAGAACAACUACGGCUACAUCUGCGACCAGUUCAAGUCGAUGCGGCAGGACCUGACGGUGCAGCACAUCAAGAACGACUUCACGGUGCUGGUGUACGAGAUCCACGCGCGCAUUGCACUCGAAAAGGGCGACCUCGGUGAGUAUAACCAGUGCCAGACGCAGCUGCAGGGCUUGUACGCGCUGAACCUGGGCGGCGGCCAUCCGAUGGAGUUCAAAGCGUAUCGUAUUCUCUAUUUCAUCUACACCCGCAACCAGACGGCGAUCAAUAGCGCCCUGUCAGAUCUAACCGCUGCAGAGAAGGCUGAUCCGGCCGUCAGCCAUGCCCUGGCCGUCCGCGCCGCCCUGGCCAUGGGCAACUACCAUCGUUUCUUCCAGCUGUAUCUUGACACCCCCAACAUGGGCGCCUAUCUCAUGGACAUGUUUGUCGACCGCGAGCGUCUCGCCGCCCUAGCAUGUAUUUGUAAAGCGUACAAACCGGAUGUGAAUAUCAGGUUCAUCACGGAAGAGCUGGGCUUCGAGUCCGACGAGCAGAGCGCCCGCUUUGUGCUGGACCACGUCUCCGAGCAGCUGCUGCAGGAAACGCAGGACGGCGUCAGGCUGCUAACCGGCAAGUGUGGUGCGGCCUUUGAGGCGGCCAAGCAGGAGGCCUUCCGGCGCAUCGACAUCAAGGGCCAGAUAUAACCAUCCUUCGUACUCCCCCCUUAGACUUCACCCAAUUUCACCUUCUCUACCAUCCCUCGACUUCUUCCUUCACCUUACCUCUUAAAUUCAUCUGCACUCAUCCGGCUUCUUUUCUUCAUCUGAGCGAGUUAUCUUCUUCUACUUUAUCUUGGUCUUGGUCUUGGUCUUUGGUCUUUGAAUAGGGGCGUUGCGUUGGGACACGGAUGGUAUCUCGGUACUAUUAUCAGCAUCUGCAUCUGCAUCGCGGACCGGAGAACAGAACCGAGCAGAAGAACCGGCAAGGGUCAAGAGAAGGAAAAAGCAACGAGCUUGCCUUCUCUUGCCUUCUUCUCCUCUUCUUCUUUGCUUCUUCCUCGUCUUUCUUCAAGGCUUUCUUCAGGAUCUUCUUCUUCAGGGGCUGGUGGACUCUGGCAAUGCAUGCAGGCAGCGGGCGUCUAGUUGCGUAUGUAUCUUCCAUAGCUGGCGUAGUUAACUCAUCUAUAAUACAUCUUCUUUCUAUAUCUUCAUGCUAUGUCUUCAAUCUCUAUAUCUCGAUCUCGAUCUAUAUAUCAGCUUCUACUCCCCUCCGCCCUGGCUAUGCUUGCUUUUUCCCAGCCUCCUAACGGCCCUGAACAGUCGCACAG